AUGCGCCCGCUGAUUCUUCUAUCCAAACCGCCGCUUCGACAUCGACGUCGUCCGUUCUCGAGCCCGACCAGCCCGACCAGCCCCAUCUUCCCGCGCCAUUACCCCAGUGAGAGCAGUGAGAGCCUCAACUACCUGUUCUUUGUCGCCUUCCCUUCUUCCGUAGUGACCGCAUACCGGCCCGACUUCACCAUCGCGUCGCCAGCCGAGCGCUCGGCCUCCAUGGCCAAGCCACCGCACCUCAUGGCUCAAGAGCCAUUCCAGAUCUACAGCGACGACUUAGGUCAACCAGCUCCCAUGAUCAGCCAGGCGCCCAUGCCCGCGCCAAAAGCAGCGCGGCAGCCUCUCCAGGCCGCCAAUACCAACGUCAUGCUAAGCCCGCCAACACCGAUUACUGCAAAGCAGUUCCCGUCGAAGAUGAACAAUCCUCAGCAUCCGCAACACCAUUCACAGCACCUCGCCCCGCUCAAGCCUGCGCAGCCUAACAAGCUCAACACAGUUCAGAUGGCCCCUCCGACCCAAACCCAACCCUCGACUGACUCGCUCCAGAAGAAGCAGCCAGUCAUGUCACGAUUCAAGACGGUCGCCCAAAAACCACAGCCUGACAUGAACAAUAGUACCAAUAUGCAUGUUAUCGGCAAGGAGAACGCCCAACCCCCAACCAUCUAUUCAGCACCGGCUCAAACUCAGUUCAACCUUCCGCUGGAGACGUAUUUUCCGAAGCCUUCGACCAACACCUCGACGACCAACGCCAACAACAAACGCGCUAUCGUGGAAGCUGCUCCGAUCAAGGACGUUCGUCCUUCGAAGAAGCAAAAGACCGACCCGCAGCCACAGCCUCAGUCGCAGCCGCAGCCGCAGCCGCAGCAGAAACAGCAGCCAGAACACGAGCCUAUUCCUGCUCCCGACGAGUUCCCGCCGAUCAUCGAUGAUGGAACGAAGCCGAAUCACAGCUACGCAACUCUGAUCGGGAUGGCCAUUCUACGGUCGCCGCAGCGUCGACUAACCCUCUCCCAGAUUUACAAAUGGAUUUCGGACACGUUCUCCUAUUACAGCACUUCAGAUACGGGCUGGCAAAACAGUAUUCGGCACAACCUGAGUUUGAAUAAGCAUUUCAUCAAGCAGGAGAGGCCCAAGGAUGAUCCAGGGAAGGGUAAUUACUGGUCGAUCGAGCCCGGCGCUGAGCACAUGUUCAUGAAGGAGAAGCCUGCGAGAAAACCAGCUGCAACGGCUGAGAACAUGCCUGUCAUGUCUACUCGCCUCGAGCCAUCUCAGCCGCAGCCACAGCAACAGCGGCAGCAGCAGCAGCAACAACAACAACAACAACAGAAGCGGCAGCAGAAGUCACAGCAACAAUCGCGUCAGCAGCAGCAGCAGCAGCAGCAGCAGCACCAGCACCAGCACCAGCACCAGCAGAACAGCAGCAGCAGCAGCAGCAACAGCAGCAGAAGCAGCAGCAUCCGCGGCAGCAACAACAACAGCAGAAAGAGCCACAAUCACUUCCUCCGCAGCCUCAACCUCAACCACAACCUCAGCAGCAGGCCCAACCACAGCAUCAGAAUCAACAUCAUCAACAUCCUCAACUGCUUCCCGCCCCCCCCCUCCCGGAGCCUGUUUUGCCCACUCAUCAACCCGUGCAGCAAGAAGCAUUUGGCCACGAUCGACGACGGCGUUGACAGGAGUUUCGAUACCGAUUUGCCGAACGAGCCCGAGCUGUACUCACCGCUGCCGGUUGCGAUCGCCUCGUCGCCACCAAUCCCCAAGCGCCUAGAGCCCUGUCCCAGCGGCACCCCGCCCUCUCAUCAUCAACCGCUGCAGCCUUCAUCCACGGCAAAGCCCCGCUCACACCGUCGUAGGAACACUUCGAUGGACGAUAGCGGUUACAUCUCCUCGCUAGAGUCAUCUGCCAUGCGUCCGUAUCAGCACUCGAAGCUGCUCACGUCGGAAGCUGAUCGGCCAAGAAUCAAGAGGGGACGUGCCGAGGAAGAGAUCGCCCGCCUGCGUGCCUCAUCUUACGAAAGUCCGUCCAAGGGCCGUUCAUACGCUUACGCGCCUACUUCGUCAUCGCCCCUCCGCCAGACUGGAAAUAACAACAAUGGCCAGAUGCUCCCGCCGCUGACGCCGGCUAUGAAGCUAAAGGCACCGCCUAAGCCACCGCCGUCGGUCUCCCCGAGCACCAAUCUGCGCCUGCAUCGCCAAAACAUUCAAUCCAUGGUCGAGUCGCCUUACCGUCGGGUUACCGCAUUGCUGCCAGAGGCCGAUGCCAGCCUGCAAUUGACGCCCGGAUUUGAAGUUGAUAACCUCUGGUUCGAUGUCGACCGUAAGCCAGACGAUAGCGCCAGCCAGUUUGACAUCUUCGACGACGGAGCGACUUUUCAGAAUUUCUUCCAGAUGACACCCACCGUCGCGCCCAACGGCUCCCCGACUAAGAGGUCUGUUAAGAAACGUCUUGAACGGUCUCAGUCGACUGGUGCGUUGACCGGCACUCCUACUCCCUACAACGCGGCAUCGGCUUCGAAUUUCCUCAAGGUGCCUAGUACGGCCAACAGCCUCGCCUUAGAGACUCCGAGCAAGGUCUUUGACGGUUUGCCGUCUUCGCCGAGCAAGCUGUUCUUAGAUUUGCAGUCGCCAACCAAACCCUCAUCUAUGCCGCUGAUCAAUGACGAGAAUCUUGACCCAUGGGUCUCUCUUGGUGGAUUGGAUACCCCCAACUUCCUCGACGCGGAUAACGAUUUCUCAGGUUUCGAUAUGCUUGCUGGGUUUGAGAAGAUUGGCUCAACCACUAGCACCAGCGUGGGUGCUAGCAUGAGCGCCAAUAUUAACCUUGCUUCCGCAAGCGUGCCUACCACUGGUACUGCCAACAUUGGCGGUGCUGCUCCGACGACAGCGUCCCAGCCUAGGGCGACUGGGAGGAAGUCAGGCCUUGGUCGGUCGCUUACAACAACAUUCUAA